GUUGUGUCGGACGCACCAGCGGAGGGUCGUGUCUUUCGUCGCUGUCAUCUGCCUGAGUGGCAAAUUCUUAAGAGGAGAGGGAGCCUGGAAUUGGCAGCUACCCGAUCUCACUGUACAGCACCGCCCAGCACCGGCGUCCUCUCCGCAGUGGUCCACGGGGAGGCUGCAGCGCACUUCGCUACCCUCUCAGCAUCACAUCGCAUCGCAUUGCUUCAGUGUGCCUGCGAGCCAGCUGGCAGCCAGAACUGGGGGCUCCGUGCGUCUCCUCGGGAGUCUGUCUACCUGAUGUAAUCUCUAGCAGCGACAUCAGCGGAUGCGUCUCACGGAGUGAUUCUUGCCUUGCAUGGAUUCAUAUGUCUCUCCACUUUUAACCUUGUGUACUCGCCUUCUUUCUUCUUCUUCACACUCAUUACUUGUGAAUUGAUUCAACUUCUUUCGGAGAUUAUUCUCGCGUCUAAGGAUGUAAAUGUGAAUACAGGGCAUUCAACAGCGUCUUUGUCAUUUCCAAAUAUAAGUACAUUUUUGGUUCACGGAACCGAUUUGUGUCAUCGGUCUGGCCAAAAAGAAAAUGGACUGAUUGUUUUUCUUUUUGUUUCGUUCCGUGCUUAUUUCUCAUGAUGGAAUUACUACAACUUGGCGUCGCGUUGUGCAUUCUGUGCACCUGCUCAGUUUUAGGUUUCGGUGUCGAUCCGGCUUUGCAGAUCGAUGUUUUCAAUGAACUGAAGCUGGGAGAGUCUCACGAAGGAGUUUCGCAGGUUCAGGGCUUUCAUAAUGGGAGCAAAGCGUUUCUCUUUCAAGAUACAUCAAGGAGUAUAAAGGCAUCUGCAAUUGUAGCUGACAGGAUUGCACAAAAAUUGCGCAACAAGCACGAAUUCACAGUUUUAGCAACAUUACGUCAGGAGCAUCUAAAUUCAGGAGUUAUUUUAUCCCUCCAUCACUCAGACCAAAGGUUUUUGGAGUUGGAAAGCAGUGGUCAUCGAAAUGAGAUAAGAUUGCACUACCGCACAAAAAACCAAGUAUCACAUACAGAAGUGUUUCCCUACAUUUUGGCAGACAAACAGUGGCACAAGUUAUCAAUUGCAAUUAGUGCUUCUCACAUCAUUUUGCAUGUUGACUGCAACAGAAUUUAUGAGAGAGUAAUCGAAGCACCUUCAAUGGAUAUACCCAAUGGGACUACUUUUUGGUUAGGUCAAAGAAACAAUGCCCAUGGUGCCUUUAAGGGUAUAAUGCAAGACGUUCAAUUACUUAUUAUGCCUCAAGGAUAUAUCUCACAGUGUCCAGACCUAAAUCGCACAUGCCCAACAUGCAAUGACUUCCAUGGACUUGUACAAAAGAUAAUGGAGCUACAGGAUAUCUUGGCAAAAACAUCAGCAAAGCUGUCUCGAGCCGAAGAGAAGAUGAAUAGCCUGGAUCAGUGCUUUUGUGAAAGGACAUGUAAGGCAAAAGGAGUCGUCUACAGAGAGCUUGAAUCCUGGACAGAUGGCUGUAAGAAUUGCACAUGCAUGAAUGGUACAAUUCAGUGUGACACUCUUAUCUGCCCUUCUUUGAAAUGCUCUCCUGAUUCUGCACCAGCAUAUGUGAAAGGCUCUUGCUGCAAAGAAUGCCAACCAAUAUGUGUAUUUAAUGGAAGGACAUAUUUUGAAGCCGAAAGACAGGCAAUGCACACUUCUGGAAAUUGCCUCCUUUAUGAGUGCUGGGACAGAGUUAUGCGGCAUAUAUCCUAUCCCAGCUGCCCAGAAUUGAAUUGCUCCCCAUUUCACCAGAUAACACUCAGCAACAGCUGCUGUAAGGCUUGUAAAGGAUACGACUUCUGUGCUGAGGACAACAAGUGCAUGGAACAUUCUGUGUGUAUAAACUUGGAGGGUGGAGCAUCAUGCAUUUGCAAAGAUGGAUUUCGAGCACUUCGUGAAGACAAUGCUUAUUGUGAAGAUAUUGAUGAAUGUGCUGAGGGACGACACUAUUGUCGUGAAAAUACCAUGUGUGUGAACACUCUGGGAUCUUUCAUGUGCAUCUGCAAGACAGGUUACAUUAGAAUCGAUGACUAUUCAUGCACAGAGCAUGAUGAAUGCAUGACAGGACAGCACAGCUGUGAUGAAAACGCUCUGUGUUUUAACACAGUAGGAGGCCAUAGCUGUGUGUGUAAGCCUGGCUAUACUGGCAAUGGUACAUUUUGUAAAGCUUUUUGUGAAUAUGGAUGUCAAAAUGGGGGUACCUGUAUUGCUCCAAAUACCUGCAUGUGCCCUCCGGGUUUUACAGGAUCCAUUUGUGAAAGAGACAUUGAUGAAUGCUUGGAUGGCUUCAUCGAAUGUGAUAGCCGUGCUAACUGCAUCAACCUUCCCGGAUGGUACCACUGUGAAUGCAGGGAUGGCUAUCAUGACAAUGGCAUGUUUUCACCCAAUGGAGAGUCAUGUGAAGACAUUGAUGAAUGUGGGACUGGAAGGCACAGCUGUGCCAAUGAUACUGUUUGCUUUAACUUGGAUGGUGGCUAUGACUGUAGGUGUCCUCAUGGGAAAAACUGUACAGGGGACUGCAUCCAUGAAAGUAAAAUAAAGCAUAAUGGACAGAUCUGGGUCUUGGAGAAUGACAGAUGCUCUGUCUGUUCAUGUCAGAGUGGUCUGGUAAUGUGUCGUCGGAUGGUGUGCGACUGUGAGAAUCCAACUGUUGACCUUUUCUGCUGCCCCGAGUGUGACCCACGCCUUAGUAGUCAGUGUCUUCAUCAGAAUGGAGAAAUGAUAUAUAACAGUGGAGACACUUGGGUGCAGAGCUGUCAGCAGUGCCAGUGCUUGCAAGGAGAAGUUGACUGCUGGCCCCUGCCUUGUCCUGAUUCUGAAUGUGAGUUUACUGUCAUUCCUGAUGGAGAAUGCUGCCCUCGAUGUGUCAGCGAUCCCUGCCAGGCAGACACAGUGCGCAAUGACAUCACUAAGACUUGCACAGAUGAGUACAAUAUGGUUCGCUUCACAGGUUCAUCUUGGAUAAAGCAUGGCACUGAGUGUACUCUUUGCCAGUGCAAGAAUGGACAUAUCUGCUGUUCAGUGGAUCCUGUGUGUCUUUAGGAUCAAAAUUUGCCAUUAAGGUAUUUGUACAGGAAUCUUGACAAGAGCACGAGUUUUCUUUCCAGGCGCCUCUUUAUACCAAAUACAACCGACCAAAUGGAAGAUGGACUGUGUGACAGCCCCUUUAAUACUCGCUAAACAGCACUCCAGAUAUUUGUGUGUUUCCAUGAAAACAAAUGAGUUUUCAAUGUAAUGCUGUAAAAAAGAAGAUACAGUGUGCUGGCAUGAGUGUAUUCAGUAUUUAUCAUUAACAAAUUUUUAAUGAUUAUUUGUUCCUAAAAAUGGAAAAAAAAAAUAACACUGACAUUUCCAAAAAAAGAGUGGUUUAAGUUUUAUUGUUUAGUAGCACUAAUUUUAUUUAAUGAUUCAUUUGUUACUUGAUACAGUAGCUUGUUUUUGUGUAAUAGUGAAAUAAACAUUUUCAUUUACAUUCA